AUGUCUCCCUCAACUGCCCCAAAAAUAGAACGAGCUCGUCUCAUCCCAGGAAAACGCCCACUCAAACCAACAUCAAAUAGCUCGUGUCCACGAGCCCUCAACCCCAGCGCAAUCCCCGCAGAAACACGCCUGAAACAAUCGUAUCAAGAAUAUCUUCAAACAAAACAGGACAAUCCAAUUUCAAAUUCUACCACAGCUACGGAAGAAGAAGAAGAUCAGUCUCAGAUUCCCCGCAUGGAAGUCUCUUUCUCAGCACCGCAGCCCUUUCUCGAUCCACCGACUUGGGAUGCCAUGCUCAGACUUCACCAGGAGAAGAUCGCAACCCAGUCAAUAGACGAAUCCAGUGUGGCAGCAGCGCGAGGCUCGGGAUCCGGAUCCGGGGAGGAGUCAUCUGAACGGCAAAGGCAACGCGCCGAACAAGAGAUGGAGUAUGGGUCUAUGGCUAUUCGGGGUCGGUCUAGUGUGAGAGGAAGGGGGAAGAGGGCCCGCGGAAGAGGGAAUGUCUACUGGGGUGGGAGGUCUUGA